UUCCUCAAGUCUCCAAACUCCAAAGCUCUCUUGGGUCUUGGCCUCUCCAGCUUCUCCUAACCUUGGGCUCCCGGCAACAAUGGCUUCUUGAUCUGCUGCUCUCCCUUUCCCGGCCUAUCCAACAGCAAGCUUAAGUAGAGACAAGUUAAUCACUUCCACGUACUGUGUUGCUUUUAGGUAGCUUCGACCAUGGCCACCGUGAACAACUGGUUGGGCUUCUCCCUCUCCCCGCAGGAGCUCCCUCCCUCCGCCGCCGCCUCAGGUGACGUCUCCGGUGCCGACGUCUGCUACAACAUCCCGCAAGAUUGGAACAUGAGGGGAUCGGAGCUAUCAGCUCUGGUGGCGGAGCCGAAGCUGGAGGACUUCCUCGGCGGCAUAUCCUAUUCGGACCAUCACCACCACCAGCACAAGCAGCCCGGCGGCAACAAUAUGGUCGUCCCUGCAGGCAGCGCCAGCGGCGGUGCCGCUUGCUACGCGAGCUCUGGCGGCAGUAGCGUGGGCUACCUGUACCACCCCAGCUCGGCCUCCCUCCAGUUUGCCGACUCCGUCAUGGUGGCUUCCUCCGGCGGUGGCGUCCACCACGACGGCGCUGGCAUCAUGGCAAACACCACAGCCAACGGUGACCUUAAUAAUGGCGGCGGCGGGGGUGGCAUCGGGCUGUCCAUGAUCAAGAGCUGGCUGCGGAGCCAGCCAUCCCCGGCACAACCACCGGAGCAGCAGAGGGCCGACGCGGCGGCGCAGGGUCUCUCGCUGUCCAUGAACAUGGCGGCGUGCAUGCCGCCGCUCGCUUGCGGGGAGCGUGGCGUGCCGGAGUUAGCGAUUGUCAGGAAGGAUGACACGGCCGGUGGCAGCAGCGCUGGUUCUGGGGCUGUGGUGUCGGCCGGUGCGGAUAGCACCGGCGGAAGCAGUGGCGCGGUGGUGGAGACCCCAGCAUCGAGGAAGACGGCCGAUACGUUUGGGCAGCGAACUUCGAUUUACCGUGGCGUGACCAGGCAUAGAUGGACUGGGAGAUAUGAGGCUCACUUAUGGGACAACAGUUGCAGAAGAGAAGGGCAAACUCGCAAGGGUCGUCAAGUCUAUCUAGGUGGGUAUGACAAAGAGGAGAAAGCUGCAAGAGCUUAUGAUUUGGCUGCUCUCAAGUAUUGGGGUGCCACGACGACGACAAAUUUCCCAGUAAACAACUAUGAAAAAGAGCUAGAGGAGAUGAAACACAUGACAAGGCAGGAGUUUGUGGCGUCUCUGCGAAGGAAGAGCAGUGGUUUCUCCAGAGGUGCAUCCAUUUAUCGUGGAGUAACUAGGCACCACCAACAUGGGAGGUGGCAAGCGAGGAUAGGGAGAGUUGCAGGGAACAAGGAUCUCUACUUGGGCACCUUCAGCACGCAGGAGGAGGCUGCCGAGGCGUACGACAUCGCGGCGAUCAAGUUCCGGGGGCUCAACGCUGUCACCAACUUCGAUAUGACGCGCUACGACGUCAAGAGCAUCCUCGACAGCACCGCGCUCCCCAUAGGCAGCGCCGCCAAGCGCCUCAAGGACGCAGAGGCGGCCACGGCGUCGUCCCUCGCGCUGCAGCAGCAGCAGCACGCAGGCGUUGUGAGCGGCUACGACAUGGGCGCCCUGGCCGCCUACGGUGCGGCGUACCACCACCAUCACCCCUCCGUCGCCGGCGCUGUUGCGUGGCCGACCAUCGCGUUCCAGGCGCCGCCUCAGCAGGUUUCUGGCGGCGGUGGUGGACACAUGUACCACCCCUACGCCCAUGCGCAGCCGCUGCGCGGGUGGUGCAAGCAGGAGCCGGACCACGCGGUGAUCGCGGCCGCGCACAGCCUGCAGGAGCUCCACCACCUCAACCUCGGUGCUGGUGGCGGCGCGCACGACUUCUUCUCGCAGCAUGCCCAGGCGAUGCAGCAGCAGCACGGCGGCCUUGGCAGCAUCGACAACGGGGCCGGCGCCUCGCUGGAGCACAGCACUGGCUCCAACUCCGUAGUGUACAACAACGGCGCCGUCGAGAGCUAUAUGCUGCCAAUGAGCACCACCAGCACCGCGGCGGUGAGCCACGCCCACGAGCAGGCGGCAGCGCAUGCCCACGCACGCGCGGUGGCUGCACAGGCGUACAGCGGCGGCAACAUGAGCAGGGAUCACGACGACGGGAAGAUCGCCUACGAGAACUACCUCGUCAGCACCGCAGAAGCCUACGGUGGGGGAAGGAUGGCUGCGUGGGCGCCGGCCUCAGCUCCGCCCGCGACAAGCAGCAGCGACAUGACCGGCACGCAGCUCUUCAGCGUCUGGAACGACACUAAUUAGGUCAGCUAGAGAGAGAAACACUAACAUCACAAAGCACUUAGGGUGUUUAUGCAUGAGAUGGCCAUUAAGGUGUUACUGUCGUGUUCAAUUAUUGUUACUCGGUAGCUAGUUGGGAUGGUGUUCUUCUGCAGGAAGGUAAUGGCCUGUGAGAGGGCUAUGCAUUGCACUGCAUUGUUCUUGGAUCAGUUUUGCUAUUAUCAUUUUGGGGUUAAGUUCAGAAGAACAUAUAUUGGGGCAUUGACUAGGGAAUUAGAUGGUUUAGAAAUCAAUGGAGCUAAAACUAGCCUGCUUGUAAAUUUUGAAUUGCUAGGGUGGAUGGCACUGCAUGAUGGCGGUCAAUGCGCAAAUGAGUUAUUUUUUUAA